AGUAUUUGUUUAGCAAUGGGAGGCAGCAGGUGACUGACUCUCUUCCUCCUGCUUAUUAGUGUUACAAGGACAGUGUGUGACAGGAGACAUGUUGAUCGAGGAGCUUCAGGCCAACCCGGGGGGCGAGGGGGAGGAGGAGGAGGGCAUCGAGAACGGUGUUGCUGGUGGUGGUGAUGGAGGUGAUGGUGUUGAUGGUGUCUCCCAGGAGCCUCCCACCUCCAUCAUAGUGACCAACCUCACCCUGGACGUCUUUGAGGAGCCUAUGGAACGUGAGAAAUUGGAAGCUCUCUUCUUUGACAUCGAUGAGACAGUGAGUUUUCAAUACUUCAAGAGCUUUAGAAGAGUGAGAGUCAACUUCGCCAGCCACGAGCAGGCCGGCAGGGCCCGGGACAAGGUUCACAUGACAGAGUUUGGAGGCGAAGUGAUCAAGGGAUACUUUACACAGCCCAUCACCCUCGGGAGCAGUCGAGGGGGAGACCCACACUUGCAACCACCAGCAAGGGAGAAGCAGUUCCUCAUCUCUCCCCCAGCCUCUCCUCCAGUGGGUUGGGAGCCCAUCGAGGAGGCCGAGCCCCUUGUCAAUUACGAUCUCAUCUCAGCCGUGGCAAACCUCGCUCCAGGCGAGGCCCAUGAGCUGCAUCCACCCAUUGAAGACAAGCCAGGCAUCAUCGUUCAUGUGUGCGAGGAGUGCCAGAUUUAUGAUGCUGAGGGGGGAGCAAGACCCAGGAUUAUGCAGACUCGCAGACCCACUCAAUGAGCCACCUACGCUAUCGCACUAAUUGACUAGUAUAAUUAUCUUCACGGGGUAGGUGGGCUCUGUACACGUGUUGGGAGGCUGGUGUGAGGGCGCCCUGAAGGUUUUCCGACCUGAGGUGCCGGACUGGCCUCCCCGUGCUGGUGGCUCAUGAAGGGCUGGAGUUGGCUUGUCUUUUCGUCUUUGAGCUUCCCACACGAGGGGUAAGUCUUGCAAACUUUACUCAGAGGCCUAUUUUCUCACCGAAGUAGUAAUAAUUAAUGUAAAGUGUAUCAUGUGCUCUUGUUCACGACUGGAUAGUAGUUGUAUCUAGUUGCAGCGAGUGUCAAGACAAUGCUCACUAUGACAGCAAUUUCCCGUGACCACUAACCCGCUUGUUAAGGCUGCAUGAGGUGAGCAGCUGCAGCAUUAGUUUUUGGUAAUUACUAACCAGCUAUAUAACAUCUGUAGUUCUUUCUUUUUACUUUGAGCCAUGUCUGUCUCCUUAAUCAAGUUGUAUUGCGAACAAAAUCCUCCAGUGUCGCCUGUUGCCGCUGCUCCUCAUGUUCUUGCUGAUGUUUCAUCUCCUCUUAAAGUUUAUGAAUUGAUUUUAAGGAUGCAACCUCCUUUUUUUCCCUGCCGGGCCUCCUGAGUCUAGUGGGCCAGGAAGUUCUCAUACUCGUAACAGAUUUCCCUGGGAUGGUGGACAUGCUGGGUCAAGUCCAGGGGGGUGACCAAGGCAUCCUCCUUCCAGCUAGACAUGCCUCCAGCUGGGCAGGAAAGUGUUUUCAAAUGGACUUUUAUAACUUUGCAUCCAUCAGUGUGUUGGCCUUCAAGGCCUGUCUCACCCACACACUUCUGGCCCAAACCUUGGCAGGAAUCAAAUGUUACAGAUGCAUCAAGUUUUCAAAGAGACAAUGUUACAACAGCCCGCGAGGGAACGGUGCGUCUUCAGCCGUUGCUGUAUAGUGAGCAUUAUUUUUUACACUUGCUGGGAGGGAAUAGUAUGGUAGGGAGCUAAUAGUCGGCAGAUUCUAUUCAUGCAGUGUGUAGACACAGUUUAGGCUAACUUUCUGACAAUACCAGUGCCUCCACUGUCUCCCAGUUAACAGUAACAGUACUGAUGACUGCUGUGGAGCUUGCUUAGCUCCUCAAGAUGCCCCUAUAUUAUGAAUGGCCAAUAAUUUGCAUAGUACAGAGUAAUGCUUGUAUGUAUGUAUAUAUUUGUUAAAUAUUAAUGAAUUUACACCCACAGAUAAAUAAGAGGGGAGUAGCCAGCAGCAGGGUUAGUUAUGUGUUCCCUGUUCAUUGGUUAAGCAAAGUUAGUGACAAUUUUUUCGUCUUGUUGAUCUGUCGUUCUGGUGUUUUGUGCAAGAUUUCAAAAGUGCAGCAGCUUUCCUACAGUUGCCUGCAUUACCUUUGCCAACAACAUUUGUUUUCCAGUAUUUUUAUUUUGGACGUUGUCAGAAUAUGGUGUAUGUUUUUCAAUUAUCUUGGUAAUUUAACAAGAGGACUCAACAGUUCCCUGAGUGGAGUAGAGAGCACCCAUUUUUAUGCCAUGGUGGGUAACAGCUCUGGCAAGUUUCCUUUUCAUCAUUCUUUUUAAAUCUGGCAAACUCAGCUCCCAACGGUAUAUAAAAUGUUCACCUAAGCCAAUGUUGUUUCCAAUAUUAUAUUAUUAUUAUAAAUAGUUAUUAAACAAAUGUAUUUAUUGAUUUGAAAAAAUGGUUACAUUACUUGAAAGAAGGCAGUCAUUGUUGUGUAUUUGAUGCAGGGUCAGACUGGCCUAUGUGCCCGUGUGCCAGUGCCACAUGGAUCCCCCAAGGUACAUGGGCCCCUGGACUUAACCCAUGCUUGUGAUAUUUUAGCUUAUAUGGGCCCGGGCCCCCUCCAGCCUCUAGAUGGCACGGCCCCAUUUAGCACCCCAGUCCGACUCUGAUUUGAUGCUAAAAUUGGACUAAUAUAAUGCAACUGGAACCCUCCAGUAAUGCCAAUAAUAUGAUCAUUAAAAUACCUAGCAUUGCAUUUGUGUGAAAAUACCUUACACAAAUAGAAUAUAAUACUGUGUUUUAUAUUGACAGUAGUGUUGUGUUUGCCUGCAUCAAUUAAGUAUACAAGAACAGGAGCCCAUUAAUGAUAUUCUAGCAGCAGGCAGCAAAGACCGUGUAGUGGUAAAUCAUAGACCUGAAACUGUAAUUGUCAGGGUGAAAUGAAGAGACAGAGUGUGACAUUGGGCCAGUCUUACAGUCCAGUCCAGCACAUUUGUAAGCCCCCAAACCAAACACAAAACACGACGAAAAUUCCUUGUAUAGUGUUUUUUUUUCCACAUUUGUUAUCUUUUUUUAUGUCCUUGAACUGACUCCUCUGCUGUAAAAAAACAAAAACAAAA